GAUCGCCAGCGAGAAAGGACAUGCUAUGCAACAUCCAACGUCGUAGAGCCUAAUAAAAAUGAGUUAUUUCUCGGCAGCUCGAAAAGCCCUCGUGGAAUGGAAGCACGACAGUCAGUGUGACUGCACAGUGGUAUGCGUUGGCCCUCUGCACGUGUGUGGUGUAGGGUCUUCUUGAGGAAAGGAUAGAAGAGGUGCCACAAGGAAAGAUGAGAUCACACACAGUAGGCUAUUGAUGAGGACGAUGAUGGCACACCAUAAAACCAUAAAAAAGGAGAGUAGCGAAAACCGAAGCGAACCGAGUGAGAGGGCGCAUAUGCAACAUGCUGUGAACGUGAAUGGGAACGGGAACAUCGCCGACCAGACCUAAUGAUCGACGUCGAGAGCUAUGUGUGCAGCCUUAUCCAAAUCCACACACGCUCCUGGGGUGGCGGAGCGAGCGAGAAACGAGAUCACGUGGAAUGAAACAACGCUAUUGCGCAAGCUACAAUACACAAGAAGAGAUUAUAUUUUAUUUUAAUGUAUUUUAUAUGCUCAUAAUAAUGAUGUAUUUUGUCGGAUUUUAUGUGAGCGUAAAUGUGCAAUCGAAUGUGUGUGCGAGCCGCGGAUUCGAGCAGCUCUCAUGUGGAGUCGUUCGCUCUCUGGCGCUCUGCGAUGGCCAAGCAAGCAUGUGCGUUUCGCGGCCAACCAGCAGGCCAUUCGAGUUGUUCGUGGGAUUCGAGUACCUCCCAGCCACCCAACCACCCCUUCGAUGGAUUCUGGCAGAUUCGGCCGCUCGGGCAUCAGCAUGCAUGCAAUGUUUUUCGUCGUCUGUGUUGUGGCUCACUCACUCACUCAUUCGCUCGCUCGCAACCGCACACGGGAAUCUGUUUUGUUGGCUUGGCGCUCCUGCACCUAAUCUCUGCCAGCGGAGAAUCGGUUCGAGUUCGAGUUCGAGCGGUACACACUUUGGGUCUGCUCCGCGCUUUUGGCCUGCGAGAAGCGAGAUAUUGAUAGUUUCGGCAUUGUCGUAUCAAAAUAAAGUGAACAUUCGUUUGAAGGCAACCGUUUAGACAAGGCGCGUUUUAUUUUUAUUGUUAUUAAUAUUAUUAUUGCGCUCCUCUCGAAUAUAGACCAAUAACAUCUUCAACUUUUAUUAGUAACACUAUCGAAAGAUUGUUGCACAAAACCUAUCGAAGUGUCGGAAGGCGAAAAAUUCGCAAAUUUGCCGAUUUUGGCGAGUUUUUGUACGGAGUGAAAUUCUUGGCGCGAUUUGUGGGAAAAAUUCGACAUCUCCAAAUAUUUUAAUAAGUUCUGCUGGCCGAAGUUGCAAUCCAGUUUCCAAAACGGAAGUGACAAGUGAAAAAUGAAAAUUCGAAAAAAAUCGUGAAAUAGGUGACAAUUUGGGCAAGGAAAAAAGAAAACAAAUCAUAGUGAACACAUCAAUAAGGUCGAAGAAAAGUGACCGUGAACAUAAAACAAUUUCCAGGUGAAGACAGUGUGUGAAGGAAAAAAACAUCAAGUGGCCUGGGAAAAUCAAGUAAAGUGUCUGUCCACUGUUGAUGAUGUUCAUGCGAAAUAUGGGUGUUGAAUGCAUGGCAGUAGUGAUAUGAAUAUAAAUUGAUUCUUAAUCCUCCGUACUGUUGAGCUGUUGAAGAGUGCUCGAGACUUGCUCAAAUAAGCAAAGAACUGUAAAAAAAUAACCGUUCCGCACUAAGCGAGGGGCGAGCCGAAGUUUGUUGUAUCUGCCGGAUUCGAAGGAAAGCUACCAAAAUUUUGGCCAACAUGAAUUCCUAUUUUGAGCAAACUGGUUUCUACGGUCAUCCGCAUCAAGCGGCCGGAAUGAUGACCACAACUGGCACCCACCACGAUCAGACGACUGCAGCUGCUGCGGCCGCAUACAGAGGCUUCCCACUGUCCCUCGGAAUGUCUCCCUAUACAAACCACCACCUACAUCAGAGUAGAACUUCGCAAGAUUCGCCCUACGAUGCCAGCUUACAGGCAGCAUGCAAGCAAAUUUACGAAGGUUCCUAUAGUACCAAGGACUGUGGGAAAACGGGAGGCGGAAAUGGAACCACAGAUACCACCAACGGCUACAAGGAUGUGUGGAACUCGACCAACACGAGUGCCACCAAUAGCAACACCAACACAGCGACUGGCGGAAAUGUACCUGCACAGCAAAACAGUUCAGUUCCUGUACGACCCUCGGCAUGCACACCAGAUUCCCGCGUUGGUGGUUACAUUGAUGCCUCGGGCGGAAGCCCCGUCAGUCGAACAGGUUCCACUGCUGCCACCGGUGUCGCCGGAACGUGGAACACUAACCAAUGCACAUUGACCGGUUCGGCCGGUGGCCAAACAGCGCCAACCACCGGCCUGCACCAGUCAAACCAUACAUUCUACCCCUGGAUGGCUAUAGCAGGUAAGAGAUACUCAGAAUCUCUUGCGGGCACACUUCUUCCAGACUGGAUAGGUGCCAACGGAUUGCGGAGACGAGGCCGGCAAACGUACACCCGAUACCAAACGCUGGAGCUGGAGAAGGAGUUCCACACCAACCACUACCUGACCCGCCGGCGCCGGAUCGAAAUGGCCCACGCGCUCUGUCUGACGGAACGGCAAAUCAAGAUCUGGUUCCAGAACCGGCGGAUGAAGCUCAAGAAGGAAAUCCAAGCCAUCAAGGAGCUGAAUGAACAGGAGAAGCAAGCCCAGGCCCAGAAGGCUGCUGCGGCGGCGGCACAGGCGGCCCUGCACGAGCAAAACUAGGGGUUAGACCAUACCAAUCACAGUAGUUCUAGUAAUUAUUUAUAUUAACUUUAAUAUGAGUUUCCGCGCAAAACAAAAAAAAGGUUUGUUGGCGAUCAGCGAAAUAUUUUCGUCUUGUGUCUGUACAGUUGUUUUAGUUCUUUUAUGUUUUACUUUUUAACCGAUACACGUUACGUUUCAAUUUUAGUUCCGUUUCCAAUUGCAACGACGAAGGUUGGCUUUGUUCUAUAUUAGAUAAAUUAAUUUUGUAAAAAGAAAUGUUGCUAAAGAGAUUAAUUUAAACAACUACUAAAACGCUAGUGAAAGGUAUAUUUCCAAAAACCAGAGAUCUGACCCUCGGUGAUAGAGGAGAAGAGGUAAGGUUCCCCAGUUAGGGGAAGUGCUGUACAUAGAUUUCGACUAUAAGAAAAAGUGGGAUGAAAAAGUUGUACAAAGAAGCUGGUAGAAACUAUUUUCGAAUCUCAAUCUAAACUCAGUCUAUACGAAAGGUUUGCCUCCUUUUGUGAUGUGGUAAAAAUGCAAUACAUAAGUAGGAAUUAUUAGCAGACAGAUACGGAGGCGUAACAACGCUUUUUCGCAGAUACAAAGAAUCCACUUUUGUAGAUGACAGAUUUCCUUCACUUUUAUUCAAUUAGCUUAGUUGGAGAUAAACUUACUCGGUUUUGUUCGUCCUAAUUUCAAUACUUGAGUGUACUUCUGUUUGCAACGCUUUACCACCCGCAACUUACCGUUCUAGUUUGUUUCUUUGUUUAAUUGAAACUUUUGCAAAAGUGGACUACAAACAUGCCGUCUAUAUAUUCAUUUGAUACGUACUUCAAAUAAUUAGAAUUAUUGUCCAAAGUUUUCAAUACGUGGGUGCGUGGUGUUCUAAAUUGCUUUUCUAAAUCAUUUGGUCAUAUCUCGCCAUACUUCGAAUAGCUCCAAUGUGUCAUAGAACAAAAGUAAAUGUCAAGCCCUGGGCAAUGUGGUACAUAUUCUUCCAUAUGUUUUUCUAUAAAAACUUGAAAGGCAAUUUCAUUUUCAAUCUCUUACAACUUUAUGACCAUGAACAUUUAUUUGACUUGGUGGUUUACAAAAGCACUUCAAUGCAACUCUCACUCUAGAAUUCCAGUAUUGUUUACGUUUUCCCCAGUCUAAACAAGAAAAGCAACCAAGAUACGUAAUUUCGUGCAUAUUUUCAAAAAAAAAACACUAUCACUGAUCAUCAUCCAGUUGGUUGGUUAAAUCCUGAUCCUGUCGUAGUAAUAUAUUGUUCAUGUACUUAUUUAUUACAGGGAAACAAACAUGUAUAUAGCAAAAAUGUUAUGUUUUCCCUCGUCAAAAUUACCUUCAGUGCAAUAAUUUACAAAACUAAAGCUUUCUGUCAGUUGGCCGAAUAAAUUGUAUGCUAAAUUAAUCCUUCUCAUCUGUCGCGAGUUAAGCUCAGCUGCACGUGUAGUAAACGUCAACCGCCGUAGUGUAGUUUAAUCUCUACUGUUAGAAUCACACUGAAGCAACCCGACAAGACAUGCAACACUCAAACCAAUCCACAUCUUCCUACCAUCUCUUCUAACCCUUUCAACCUGUUUCAGUUCCAUCACUUGUGUGCUUCAAAAUUGAUCAAUCUCCUUUCGUUUCUCAUGCGAGAAAUUUACCUAUUUAAAACAAGCCAAAAUACAGUAGCAUAAAGUAGGAGCAACUCGAUUCCCCUUCUCAUCCCAGUACAUAGGCAUCCAAAACACAUCCUAACAAAUGCUCAUUGUCCAUGACAGCUAGAUUUGUAAUGUUUGUUUCCAAUCGUUCUACUAUCAUACAUGCCCUUAGCCAUCUAAAAAAACAUUCUGACCCAGUGUGAAACGAAUGCUCCUUAAUGUUCAAUAGAAAAGGCUAAAUGGAAGGAAUAGAUCAAAAAUACGUAAUUAGACGAGAAUAAGAGUAAUUUAAACCGUAAAAAACACAAAUGGAAAAAAUGUAUACGUAAAUAGAUGGUAAGGUAAAGUAUAUUUAAUGAAAUAAUAAAACAAUGGAAAAGUAAAAUAACAUCAGAAGUGGUUACAAAAAAUCGAAAACAGAAAAAAAUAAUUUAAAAGUAAUGGAUGAUACGUAAGUAAAUAAGAUUUUAUAGUUGAUAAGUAACUUAAUUGGAAUGGAACAUUGAAGCAACCCACAAACACUGACACAAACAUAGCAACACUUACACACAAAAUCACCACUAAAAACAGAGCAAACAUAUUCCAGUGAGAGUAGAUGAGGGAAAACUUAAACCAAGAGGGCUGUCAAUAUUUGACGACGACAACAGAUAAAGCAAGCAAGUAAGCAAGCAAACAAGCAAGAAGGCAGUUCCUAUGACGUUAAACAAGAGAAAACAAAGGUGGGGAAAUCAAACUUAGUGACCGUGUGCGCAAUAGAGUGUGUACGCGCAUGUUCAUUCAUCCAUUAAUGGUAAUGAUGAUGAUUAAAAAAAAAAAACAAAACCCUAUGACAAAAUAAAUGACUAUGAAAAUUUA